AAAACCUCACCCCUUCUUCUAUAAAUACACACUGAAACAUUUCCUUUGGAUAUACACAACUCUUCUUAAUUUUUCUUCUUGCCACAGAGAAGCCAAACAAGGUUUCAUUAUUGUAUCUUUCCCAUGGAUCCAUUUUCUGUUGCGGUAAUUGGUGCAGGCAUAGGGGCUGUUGCUACGUUAGCAGCCGCAGUACCCCCGGCUGCCACAUUUACUUACAAUGCUGCGAAAGAUUCAUUAACCUCAAUUGAUUACAUAAGGAAACUUGACCAUAACCGUGAAAAGCUGGAAAAGGAAUUAGAGGAACUCAUUGCUUUUGCAAAUGAUAUUGAUCAGGGCCGUGUCAAGAAAGAGGAGAUAAAAAAUACUAGCAUAUACAAGGUAUGGAGAACCAGGGUAUCGGAGAUUGAAGCAGAAGUGAAAGCUUCGACUCGUGAACAUGAAAGGAUUAAAGAGCAGCCUGGAAAGAAAUUUUAUGCUGAUAAACGGAAACUUGGCAAAGAAAUGGUGAACAAGCUUGAGGAAGUUACUAAGCAUAUAGAAAAAGGUUGGUCUAUAAUUAAAAACUUUUGAAGGAGAUUAUUUAUUGAACAAGAGAUGGGAGGGUUUCCUUUCUACCUGCAAUUACUAAUUGCAGGUGUAAUAAUGAAUAUAAUUUCAUUUUAUAAGUUGAAAGCUAGUUUGUAGAAAGCUCGGCUAAAAUCAGUUGCUUUAUGGCCGUAGUGCUUUAUGGCACCAUUUGUAAUGCUUAUUGUCUUGUCUGCUGUUUGCCUGCCUUGUAUUGAACUCGUCUCUUGCUAUCAGUAUAUCACGUUGGUUAUAUAUUAUAUUAA